AUGGAAAACGGCAACACCAUAGAAAGCACCACCACCACCACACCAUCCCCCGGCCUCCAGCGCGCCUCAAACUUCCAUCCCGCACACGAGCCCUUCCGCCACGAAACCGCGCUCGAAUUGCAAAAAAGUCGUGUCCAAGGCCCCGUCCCCUUCCUCAACCCCACGAAAGCGCAUUUCCGCCAUGCCGCGCGCCCAGACAUACGCUUCAAAUGGUCGUCGCGGAACAAUCGCAAAGGGCGCCACGCCGUGGUCAUAAACCAGAGUCAUCCGCCAGCGCGAGAAAAAGUACCGCGUCCAACCUCUUCUCCUACCAGCAUCGCCCGCGGCAUCUGGCGCAUGCUAACGUAUUACCCCUUCUGGGACAUAUCCUUCGACGUCGCCUUCGUGUUUACGCUUGGCAGCGUGAUAUGGGUUAUUAAUGCUUUUUUCGUGUGGUUGCCGCUUGUGAGGCCGGGGACGGAGUUCAAUGGGGAGGAGCUGUAUGGCGGGGGUGUAACUGCUUUCAUUGGCGCUACGGUGUUCGAGUUUGGGAGUCUGUUGCUGAUGGCUGAAGCUGUGAAUGAGGAGAGGUCGGGGUGCUUUGGGUGGACUGUUAAGCGGGUUGUCUCUCAUCAUGGAGGAGAGGAUGCUGAAGAUGCGGUGCUCAAGCCAGCGAAGUCGCAUUGUACGCACCACCAUCAGAAUAAGCGCAAUCUUGUUGGGGAAGGGAAACAUCCUGUUUCUAAAGAGGAGGUAGACCUGCAAGCCCGCUCAUGGGUAUGGUGGCCGUCUACACACGAUCUUCGCACGCACUACCUCCACUCCCUCGGCUUCAUCGCCUCCUUCGCUCAACUCUGCGGCGCGUCAAUCUUCUGGGUUUCGGGCCUCACCGCCCUCCCAGGUAUCUACGAUAAGAUGUCGCGGCCCAUCACUAUCAUCUUCUACUGGACGCCCCAGGUGCUCGGCGGCCUCGGCUUCAUCAUCUCGGGCACGCUCUUCAUGCUAGAAACGCAAUCAAAAUGGUGGAAGCCCGCGCCCCGCACGCUGGGCUGGUGGAUCGGUUGCUGGAACCUAAUCGGCGGUAUAGGCUUCACUAUCUGCCCAGCCUUCGGAUACGAUACGAGCAGCUGGGCACAGUAUCAGGCGUGCCUGUCUACCUUUUGGGGAAGUUGGGCGUUCUUGAUAGGGAGCGUGAUCCAGUGGUAUGAGAGCCUGUCGAAGUUUCCGGUGGAGGUGGAUAGGAAGGGGAAGAUGGGCUCGUAG